AAACCCACUUUUGCCUUCGCGCGGAUCAAGGGCGACGUCUGCCUCGUCCAAGUGCCCUCCGACUCGCCUGCGCAGGGAUGCAUGUCCUCCGCGCUCAUGGCCGCCGACGUGCACGUCUUCCGCCACGAGUUCAUCACCCUCUUCCGGUACUCGCACCGCGCGACCGUCCACCCCGCAGACAUGCACAUCCUCGAACCGAUCGAGGACCACGCUACACUCUAUGAGGAGGAGAAGGGCACCGUCUUCCUCGCGCGCGACGUCGUCACGAAGCUCCAGAAGCUCACCAUGGAUGCGCGGCGA